UAAGUUGAAGGAAGAAGGGAAGAAGUAAAAGGCAGGUAAGAAAUUCCCCCAAUUACAUCAUCCAAGCUAAAGCUCGAAUGGUUGGGCAGUUAUGGAUUAUUGGGCAUUCAUUCUUACAUUCGCCGUGAAGUUUGGUUGGAAUCUGGUGCAUUCCACUCCACUCCAAUUGCAUUGCCUUGACUCAUCCCCGUUUGGUUGGUAAAUCUCUGUUGAUUUCGAUAAAGAAACCCCAACCAUCUUCUAUACAAUCCAUAAAGACAAAGUGCCCUGCCCACCAUGUGUUCGACGAAAUGCCUGACUGAAAAAUGGACGAUGAAACACCUGCUGUGCGUGAUCUUCUUGCCGCCAGAGAAGUUCUGAAGAGUUGCAUUGAGGAAUCGAGGAAUGUAUCCAUUGCUGUCGAUGGAAUCGGGCUGAGAUUGCUCGGUCUGCAGCGUAAUUUUGGAUGUUUGCAGGCUGCAGUGAAGAAUGUGGCUCGAAAGUGCGCCGUCUAUGGCAUUCGGGACGACGUUGGCAGAGCUUUGGGGCCUGCAGCAGGUGCUCUGAGGGUAAUGGACUUGGUUUUUGAGCUUAGGGAUUCUCUUGAAUCCGGUCGAGGCGACGCCGAUUUGUUCGAUUAUAUCAAUAAUUUCAGGCGCCUCGAAGAUGCUUUGAAGCUUCUUUCUUCUAAUUGUGGAUUGCUGAUUCUGUGGAUGGAAGAUGUCUUGCAGUUUUUGAGAAACAAUGUAUCUUAUGACGACGAAGGCUGGUUUUUCGAUCGAGUUUCGAAGAUUUUGGAAGUGCUGGUGGAGCUGCAGGGGAUGGAGGAUUUGUUUCGUCGCGAAGGAGGGGUUUUGUUGACUGCGUGUAAUAACUUGGAGAGGGAAUUUGAGAAUAUUUUGAAAGGAGCCGAAUUUCGAUUUUUAGGCGAUUCUUGUUUGGAACCUGUGAUCGUUGAGUUGCAAAGCGUCGCUGAGGUUUUGGAGGAAAACAAUCGUCUGGAUCGAUGCUUGUCUGUAUACGCCGAAGCGCGGAUAGAAAAUUCUCGAGCUACAUUGCAGGCCCUGAAUCUCGAUUAUCUGGAAAUCGAAUCGUCUGAAGGAGUAAGUGUUCAGACAAUGGUGGAUUACGUUGAUCUGUGGGAUGAACACAUGGAGUUUUCGGUGAGGCAUUUGCUGCGGAAGGAGUUCGCGCUGUGCAGAAAGGUGUUCGAAAGAUUCGGAUCGGAUGUAUCGACGUGUUUGUUUGCAGAUAUUGCGAUAAAAUCCGGAUUCAUGGAAAUCCUUGAGUUCGGAAACACGGUUUGUAAAUGCAAGAAAGAAGCGAUCAAGCUGUUGAAGCUGAUCAAGAUAUUCUCGACGAUGGACAAGCUGCGACUCGACUUCAACGACCUGUUCGUCGGGAAACACUGUCUGAAGAUCCAAAACCAGACGCGGGAACUCGUCAAGAAAGUCGUCGACGGCGCCUGCGAAAUCUUUUGGGAACUCUCGGCGCAAGUCGAGCUGCAACGGGAAUUCGAUCCCCCGCCAGAUGGCAGUGUCCCGACGUUAGUCGAUUUCGUGAUCGAAUACUGCAGUUACCUACUCGACGACGAGAACAUCUCGAUUCUUACGGGAAUCCUCGAGAUAUAUCAAGUCUGGAACCAAGUGAAAUUUGGAGACGGGAUUGUAUCGAACGAAAUCCGCAACAUAAUCAAAGCGGUCGAGAUCAACGUGGAGAUUUGGGCAAAAGGAUACGACGACACCGCGCUUUCCUACCUAUUUAUGAUGAACAAUCACUCGUAUUUAUGCAACGAGACGAGAAAGUCGAAGCUCGGCGACCUGAUGGGAAGUUCUUGGCUGUGGGCUUACGACGAAUCCGCGGAAUAUUAUGCGGGAUUGUACAUGAGGGAGAGCUGGGAGAAGCUUCUGGAAUUCUUACAAGAAGAGGACUUGACAUUAUUUCCUGGGGGCAGAGCUUUCGAUCGAAACCUCGUCGACGAGAGAGUCGUCGCAUUCUGCGAAACGUUCGACGACAUGUACAAGAAGCAAUCAAAAUGGAAACUUUACGACAAGGGCUUGAGAUGGAAGACGUGUCAAAUGGUCGUCGAGACGGUUGUUCGACCGUAUAAGAACUUUUUGCAAAAAUACAUGCCGGGAGUCGAGCACGAGAAUGAAUUGACGAACAGGGUAAUGUACACGGCCGAGAGCUUGGAGAACAUGAUUAGCGCACUUUUUCAGCAGAAGAUUGGCGUUUACGGGAGCGUGAAAUGUACGGAUAUGAUCGGGAUCAAGAAUUCGGGUGUGACUCACUUCCCGUCGACUCCCGCCGCCGCUUGAUCGUAAGGUUAGUUCUGUUUCAAAUUUCUCGAGUUUUAGUGAUAUUCGUCGAAAUUACACUUCAUGUUUUAGUGUGGCAUAGUUCUAUGGUGAAUAGUAUGGCAUUAUGUUCGUAUAAUAGGAGCUUUGGUUGGCUCUGUUUGUAAAUAAAUCCAUAAUUGAUGUAUAUUCAAACAGCUUAAGGUGAGAAACGAUCAUUUAUUUCAUCUA